AUGUUUACAUUAUUGGGUGAAGUAAACUUAUGGAGCUUUGAUGACAACAUUAACAUAAAGAGUACAGAUUUUGGUGCAUUCCGGUAUCAUGAUAAGCGUAUUGAUAAUUUAAAAUCUCUAAGGCACUAUUAUGAAUUAAUAACAUAUUUCUAUUCUAUUUGGAACUCGUUUUUUUAGGAUCAAUUGAAAGACAAUUCAAUUAUAUAUUGUCAGUGGUACGAUGAUUGUGUCUUGCAGUUGAUGUUAAAUAAUGCUUUAUUAAUACAAAUACAAGUUAAUAUUGCUACUGGUGAUAUAUACAAAAUAACUUUUGAUAAAUACCUUGUUGGGAAACUUUCUGAGUACAUAUCAGAUGUGAUAAUUACUAAAAACUACGUGCUUUGUACCUAUAAUGAUAAUCAAGUAAGCCUUGUACAUUUUACAAGAUCAAAAAAGCAUGUCUUUGAUAAAAUUAGUAAACUUGAACCAAAAUUAUCUACAAUUGAUCUGUUUGGUCCAAAUGGACGUAGGUUAGAUAAAAAAGUACAGACUAACAAAUGCAAUGACUUGAUAUUAAUUUGGUGGAAAUCCACAAUGAAUGAAGUUUAUCCAUGGAGUCCAGCUGUGAAAGAACAUGAUCGUGCAAAUAUACAUCUAUAUCGUCUAAUAGGAGUAAAAUUAGAAUUAAUUUGUUACAUACGUAGUGAGUUUGAUCCCUUGUGUAUAAUAUUUGAUGCAUGUCAUGAUAAUAUUAUUCAUUCAGUAGAACAAAAAGUAUCAAGAAAGGGUGAAGUGACUAUAGAAUGGAGAACAUAUGAAGUUUCCCAGCAAGAUAAACUGCAAAGAAUAGCAGUAACUUCUGUGCCUUUGCCUACACAUACAAGCUGUAUAAAAUUCUCACCUAAUCAGGAAUUGUUAUUAUUAGGUUGCAUAGAUGGUUCUGUAAUAAUUUAUGAUCAAAAUAGAGCCACCACUACUAGUGUCAAAGCAAGUUUUAUACCAACGUUAGCAUCAUGGCAUAGUAACGGAAUAAUAUUUAUCAUUGGAAAUGAUAAAGGUCAAUUCCAACACUUCGAUAUUUCUUUGUCAUGUAUUAAAAGUCAAACAUUAAGUGAGGAUGUAACGCCAGCCAAUAUUUUAGAUUUGUCUUCAUAUUUUAGAACUCAACCAGCAUUGCUUCGUAUGGAAUGGAAUAAAAAAAAUGAUAUAAAUUGUUAUAUUGAUUGGCAUACUCAUGGACAUUCACUCCUACUAUUAAUUUUUCAACGAGGCCCUAUAGGUGUGAUAAAAAUGUUGGAAGGAGAUUCUUUGUCUGGAGAUGUAUUAAUUAAAAGAUACUUAUCUCUGUAUCAAAUCGAGCAAGCAACUUCCUUAUUGUUGUCUAUGAAUUGGGAUAUCUAUCCUCGUGCGUGUAUGCAUGCAUUAAACCAGAUUUUGAAUCACUUAUUUAAACUUCCAUUGACACCAGAACGUGAAAACCUCAUACAAAAUGCUUUGGGGAGUUUUCAUAUUCCUGUUAAACCAAUUAGUCAUGCUAUCGAGGAGGAAUAUGGAGAUGAAAUAAGAGAUUUGACAAGAAGAUUCUUUUAUCACUUAUUAAGGUAUCAAAUGUUCGAAAAAGCCUUUAGGCUUGCUAUAGAUCUAGAUGAUCAUGAUCUUUUUAUGGAUAUACACUUUUAUGCAUUAAUUGUAAAUGACAUGGCAAUGGCUACUGCAGCAAAAGAGAAUGCUGAACGUAUAUUGAGUAGAUCCAACAGUUGCAAUAGUUCACAUUCCACAUGCUCCAGAGCAUCAUGUUCGCUAUGUUCCGAUUCAACGAGUGAUAAAGUAGAGGAAUCUUACAGUGAUGAGAGUGAAAAUUCCUCCAAGGAAAAUCGGACUGAUGCAAAACAUUCUAAGAGUUACAGUUAUAAAAAAGAUUCCAAUAGUCACAUUCCACCUUUACCAAUUCUUGAUCCACAUCAUCUUAACAAAAGCUUGUUACCUACGUCAUUUGUGGAUGUUCCAUCUAGUGAAAACACUGAUUAUAAUUUAGUAUCAACAUCUUUCAACAUGCCCAAUACUACUCUUACAACAUCUCCCUUUAAUCAUUCAUCCCAUCUUUCACUUUUAAACACGUUUUUCGCAUCAACGUCAUUUAACAAACCUCUAUAUAAAACACAUGGAACGCAUGCACCACAAACAUCUGUAGCAACUACUCCUAGCCCACAAUCUUUUGCUAAUAUUUCUGAAGACUUAAUGACAACUUCAUUUGGAAGUUUGUCUACGAAUGAACGAAAAACUGCAGUAUCUAAUCGACUUAAUGAAAAUUCAAUAGAUCCUACACAGAACAAAUCUAUACACAAUGACAUGCAGUUUUCCCUUAAUAGUGCAUCUGAUAGCACAAUAACGACAACUUUAACGCAAGAGAAUAGCUUCAUAUCAACUCCUUUUAACAGUCCAUCAUAUGAGACAGUUACAUUAGAUAGUUCGUCUAACUUACUAAGGUCUUCGUUAGAUAACAUGGAUAGCAACAUUAUGUCAACAUCUUUUAGCACACUCGGUACAAAUAUUCCAAAUCCGUAUGACAAUUCUUUUAGUAAUUUGGUAACUAGUGAAUCAAAUUCAACCACAUCUUCGUCUUCUAUGAAAAAUAUGAAGUUACCAGGUGCAAUGAAUGACUUCACGCCUAAAACAACAACUCCUGAUUCUGUUUCAACAAACAAAUUAACUUCUAGUUUUCAUGGUAAUCAUAGUAAUCUUAUGACAACUUCGUUCAAUUUUCUUGACAAUCAAGUACAAGAUUCUCGUAGUAGUAUUGGAAAAAGCGUAAGUAACGAUGAUAAUCACAAGGGCAUCAAGUUACAACCAUCUUUCGCGGGAAAAAAGCUAGGAGACAUUAAUAUCCCACCACCACCUCCCUCCUUAACAAAUUCAUUUACAAAUUACUUUCAUAAUCUUCCAAGAAAGAAUCUUCCUUUAUCUAGAAGUACCUCCGGUUUGGCAGAUAUCGAUGAACCUAUCCAAACGUUUUCGCCCAUCAAAACGAGAAAUAUCUCGGCGCACUUACUGCAGAAACAAAGUUCCACAACUAACAUUUUACAAACUCAUCAUAAACAUGGGAACAUUAAGCCUUCUAAAUAUAGACUUAAUUAUGAUCUUGAUUACAUUUCAUUCCAUGGAAGUUGUGAUAAUAUAAAUAUACAUUCCUCUACUAAUAACGUAAAACUUGGUACCUCUCAGUUUCCUCCCGCGUAUAGUGUUCAAAAUAGAUUCGACAGUAGACAUUCGAAACUAGUAUCACAAAAUAGUACAAAUGUUAAUGUUAGCAAAGAAACUAAGGUAUCUUCGAACAUACCACCUCUACCAAUUAUAUCUAGCUCUACAUCUAAUUCUAUAUCCUGUUCUCCAUUCUCUGCAUUCCCAGACACAGCAUUAACAAAUGAAAAACCAAAAGUGAAGUUUUCAGAUACAGUAACACACAUAUUUGUACCUGACACUGGUCAACUACAUAAACAAAAACGUUCUACAAUUACUCAAGUGCCACUGACUGAUCCAAAACGCGAAUUAGCAGAAAGCCUUCCAUUGUGCCUUGGUAAUGAAGAUUAUCUUAAGGACUUUCAACCAUUAUCAAAAGAUGACAUAAGUAACAAAGUAAGAGAACCUCCCAAACCAGAAGAAGGUUCUAAAAUAAAAGUUGUACACUUUGGACUCUUAUGA